UAAACCGAUGCACUUAUCUCUUUAUGGAAGCGGGGUUGUAUGUUGCCACCAAUAGGAAAAAUCAUGGUUCUCAUUAAAAUAACGAGGGAAUGCGAAAAGGUAAGCCAUGGAAGCAUCUGUAAACUAUAAUUUUGACUUUGCUUUUCACAACUAAAACUGGCGAGCAAUAUUUGACACAUACAAGCAAAAAAAAAAAAAAAAAUCAGGCUUACAGAGAGGGAGAGAGAAAGAGAGAGUACGUGACCAGGGUACGGUGCUUGGUUGGUUUAGAGUUUUAUACUGUUUGGAAGUACCAAGUACCAACCAGUUCAACGAAUAGUGUUGCAAAGCUUCAAGCCUUCUCUUCUCUUGGCUUUUCCGCAGAGACCCUAGGGCGAUCCUAUUAAGAUGGUAGCUCAGAGAAAUGGUGGUUUCUAAUGGUAUUAUUCCCGGCAGCCAAUAAAACCGCUCCCAGCCAGUCCUCAAUAAAGCAAAAUACUCUCGCUGUCUGAGUCCUGUAUGCGAUCACAACCGUCCUACCAAAUUUCCGCGAGAUCAGUAAUCGUCCAUUUCCCUCCAUUUGCCAUUUAAAACUUCUGAAUUUUUUAUACUUUCGACUGUUAAGACUAGAGAUCAUGAACCCUAGACCUUUGACAAGGCUAAGAGAAGUGGUAGUCCAUAGAGAAGAAACAUUGAAGUCCACCUUAGGCCCCCUUCUCUUCUCCCCACCCCACCAAUUGUUCGACAAAAUUCCCCCUCAAGGCCUCGCCGAGUUUAACCACCUGUUGUUUCAUUACUCCCAGAACAAUCUCAACCAAAAAGCUGUCAACCUCUUCUUGGAAACCCAUCGUUCAGGCAGAGCCAUGGAUGACUGCACCUUCUCUUGCAUUGUGAAGGUGUGUGGAUGCCUUUCAGAUCGAAUUCUUGGUAAACAGCUGCAUACUCUUUGUACAAAAUAUGGAUAUGGAGCGGCAGUCGGCGUUGGUACUUCUCUUGUAGACAUGUAUAUGAAAUGUGGUAGUGUAGACGAUGGAAGGGAAGUCUUUGAUCGGAUGCCGGAUAGAAAUGUCAUCACUUGGACCUCAUUGCUUACUGGGUACACUCAGAAUGGGCGCCAAGAUGGGGUUCUGGAAGUCUUCUUCCAGAUGCAGCUGGAGGGAAUUAGGCCAAAUCCUUUUACUUUUGCCAGUGUUCUUGCAUCUGCGGCAGCUUGGGGAGCAGUCGAGCGAGGAAAGAGAGCGCAUAGCCAGUUGAUCAAGUUUGGGUACCAGUCAACCAUCUUUGUGUGCAAUUCCCUGAUGAACAUGUAUUCAAAGUGCGGAUUAGUCCAAGAAGCUAGAAGAGUAUUCAGUGGCAUGGUGAACAGAGAUGCAGUGUCUUGGAACUCAAUGAUUGCUGGUCUCGUGCAGAAUAAAUAUGAUUUUGAGGCUCUUGAACUUUUCUAUCAGAUGAGAGUAGCUGGUGUGAAGCCGACACAGUUGAGCUUCGCUACCGUGAUCAAGCUAUGUGCUAAUCUUAAGCAACUUGUCUUUGCACGACAGCUCCAUUGUUGCAUUGUAAAAGAGGGGUUUGGAUCAGAUGACAAUAUCAUGACAGUGCUCAUGGUUGCUUAUAGCAAAUGCAGUGAACUGGAUGAUGCCUUCGAAUUAUUUUCUUCGAUGUUGGGUGCUCGGACAGUGGUAUCAUGGACUGCUAUAAUUGGUGGCUACAUACAAAAUGGAGACAUUGCUCGAGCUGUGUUUCUCUUCAAUGAAAUGAGGAAAGAGAAUGUGGAGCCUAAUGAUUUCACUUACUCCAUUCUAUUGACAGCUUCGCCGGUCAUAUCUCCCUUUCAAGUCCAUGCGCACGUUAUCAAAACCAACUACCAACAUGUCCCUUCUGUUGGCACUGCACUGCUUGCUGCCUAUACUAAGCUCAGCAACACCCAUGAAGCCCUCUCUGUUUUUAGAGAGGUCGAGGGGAAGGACAUCGUCACUUGGUCUGCAAUGCUGGCUUGCUAUGCUCAAGCUGGGGAUUCUGAAGGGGCAGUGAAGCUGUUCAGAGAGAUGGCAAGGGAGGGAGUGAAGCCUAAUGAGUUCACACUCUCUAGUGCCAUUGAUGCAUGUGCUAGUCCAACAGCUGCAACAGACCAGGGGAAGCAAUUCCACGCCAUAUCAAUCAAGUCUCGACAUCAAGAUGCAAUCUGUGUGAGCAGUGCUCUUGUCACCAUGUAUGCAAAGAGAGGGAGCAUAGAGAGUGCUCAGGAAGUCUUUGAGAGGCAAUCUGAGAGGGACUUGGUGUCAUGGAAUUCAAUGCUGUCUGGUUAUGCUCAGCAUGGAUACGGAAAGAAGGCGCUUAAUUUAUUUGGAGAAAUGGAAGCUCGAGGUUUGGAAAUGGAUGGUAUCACAUUCAUUGGUGUGAUCACUACAUGUACUCAUACAGGUCUCGUUGAAGAAGGCCGGAGGUAUUUCAAUUCAAUGGUCAAGGAUCACCAAAUCAGUCUGACUAUGGAGCACUAUGCUUGCAUGGUUGAUCUUUAUAGCCGUGCUGGUAGACUUGAAGAGGCUUUGAGUCUCAUGGAAGGGAUGCCAUUUCCGGCAAAUGCAACUUUAUGGCGUACACUCCUGGGAGCAUGCAGGGUUCACCGGAAUGUAACACUAGGAGAGCUUGCUGCAAAGAAGUUGAUAUCACUUGAACCAAUGCAUUCAGCUGCUUAUGUGCUUUUGUCAAAUAUCUAUGCAGCUGCUGGCAAAUGGGAGGAAAGAGACGACAUAAGAAAGCUGAUGGAUGAAAGAAAAGUGAAGAAAGAAGCUGGGUGCAGUUGGAUUCAGGUUAAGAACAAGGUACAUUCAUUCAUAGCUUCUGAUAGAAAGCAUCCGUUAUCAGAGCAGAUAUAUGCAAAGCUUGAAGAGAUGAUGAUUCGAUUGAAGAAGGAAGGAUAUCACCCAAAUUUAGACUUUGUGCUCCAUGACAUGGAAGAGGAACACAAGGAAGCCAUGCUAGCUCAGCACAGUGAGAAGCUGGCAAUUGCUUUUGGAUUAUUAACCACACCUCAGGGGACUCCCCUUCAGAUUGUUAAGAACCUUCGUGUGUGCGGAGAUUGCCAUACGGUGAUAAAGAUGAUAUCAGCAAUUGAGGGGAGGGAAAUUGUCGUGAGGGAUUCGAAUCGCUUCCACCAUGUCAGGAAUGGGUCUUGCACCUGUGGGGAUUAUUGGUGAAUGAAUUGUCAAAGGUAGGAUCUGUUUCUUCAAUUAGAAUAACUGAAAGUCCAUGAAAGCAGCUAAUUUUGACAGGCAUUGUAAAAUGACAAUGUUUAUAGACGUUUGAACAUUGAGGAUCUGAGCUCAUAUUUUUGGAACACGAGUUCAGCAUGUACCGUGAACAUAUGAAGGAAAAGUAGGUGGACACAAGCACCAAUCCAUGUAGCAACUAGAAGCAUGAAAAGAGAUAAUAUUAAUUUUUGGAUAUUGAAAUCAAAGAGUUUAACUUAU